GCCGCGCUUCCGGCCCGGUGCGGUGCUCCCGGGAUGCACCACGCGGGGCCGGGGCAGAGCCGCAGCCAUGGCUGAUGCGGAGGAGCGGGUGUCGGAUGAGGAGAAGGUGCGUAUAGCUGCAAAAUUCAUCACUCAUGCACCCCCUGGGGAAUUUAAUGAAGUAUUCAAUGAUGUCCGGUUACUGCUCAGCAAUGACAAUCUUCUCAGGGAAGGAGCAGCACAUGCUUUUGCACAGUACAACAUGGAUCAGUUCACUCCAGUGAAGAUAGAAGGGUAUGAUGACCAGGUCUUAAUCACAGAACAUGGUGAUCUGGGCAAUGGCAGAUUUUUGGACCCAAGAAACAAACUUUCUUUCAAGUUUGAUCACUUAAGGAAAGAAGCAAGUGACCCCCAACCUGAGGACACAGAAUCAGCUUUAAAGCAAUGGAGAGAUGCCUGUGACAGUGCACUGAGAGCUUAUGUGAAAGAUCAUUACCCCAAUGGCUUCUGCACUGUUUAUGGUAAAUCUAUAGAUGGGCAGCAGACAAUUAUUGCCUGUAUUGAGAGCCACCAGUUCCAGCCCAAAAACUUCUGGAAUGGUCGUUGGAGAUCAGAGUGGAAGUUCACCAUCACACCACCAACAGCUCAAGUGGCUGCAGUGCUUAAGAUCCAGGUUCAUUAUUAUGAAGAUGGCAAUGUUCAGCUGGUUAGUCAUAAAGACAUCCAGGACUCUAUACAGGUUUCAAGUGAUGUCCAGACAGCUAAGGAAUUUAUUAAGAUAAUAGAACAUGCAGAAAACGAGUAUCAGACAGCAAUCAGUGAGAACUACCAGACAAUGUCAGACACCACCUUCAAAGCCUUACGCCGGCAGCUCCCCGUCACCCGCACCAAGAUCGACUGGAACAAAAUCCUCAGCUACAAGAUUGGCAAAGAAAUGCAGAAUGCUUAAGGUGGAAGCAAGGAGAUGGAUUAAAUGUUUGUGUGCAAAAGGAAAAAAAAAAACAAAAACAAAUGUGGUCCUAUGCCAAGUAGAUGGUUUCUAAACCAGUGCAGCAUUUUUCUAGGGCUUGCAAAGUUAACAGGUUUCCUAGCCUCAGAGAGAACUGUGGAACAAGUAGCCUUGUCUUUGUGUUUUGUGUUUCCUGCCAUAUCAACUCCCUGUUGUGACUGCAUUUACUGCUAGGUCAUUUUAAUCAAGCCACGUUCAUGGUUCAGAAGUAGCUGUUUUCAAUCACGGAUUGUACUGGCUGGAAAACUUCCUAGCUGGAAAAGCCCUACUGCAAAUAGAGCUGAGGGUGCAGAGCAUCCCCUUCACCCACACACAGCACUCCAGGUACUCCAGUCAGUCUGUCCAGUCUGCCAACAGCUCAAGGCUAUGCUGCAAGAUAGAGUAA